AUGGCUAUAAGAGCAGUGUUUUGGACUGUUUUUGGUCUGAUCUGCGUUGCGGAGGCGGGAACUGUUGGUGAUCAGUGCGACUGGACUGGCAGUGGGUUGACAUCGAAUUCGGAGAGAGGUGUGACGCCAGUGUACCUCCGCUGUCGGGAGGGCAGCGUGUCGUGGCUGUACCCGCGGGGAGCGCUACGACUGCUUUUUAAGCCUCCACUGCCCGCUGACGAACGCGACUUUAAGGUCUGCGUACGGGUUAUACGCCGACCUGACCCACCUGACCUUUUCCAUACAUUACAGCUAAAUGAAACAGAAGCUGCUGAGCGUUUUCCUGCACGUAUUUUUGUAGAAGGCGCUCGAAGACUAGUACCUCUUUACGCGCCUGAUGACGGCGAUGUCCGCGAGCUGCGAUGUUUCCGCAGCCGGCACGGACAAGCCGCGUUGUAUGUAGAGGCUGAGCCAGAGGAAGGACCAAAGAAACGAGUAGCCACAUUCAAAUACGAAGCAAGGCCAUUAGUCAGACGACACUACGAUCCUGCGACCGCGGACUGUCGGCCUUGCUCUGAAUCUGAAUUAGAAUUGGCCUUCUGUACCAGUGACCUGGUGUCCCGCGGUAUAAUUGUUGGCAGUGAACAGCGCGAGGAGUUGGACACCACGCAGCUAACGUGGCGACUCACCAAGCUCAUCCGCGCGACCGCGCCCGGCGACACGGAAGUGCACGAUGAUGAUUAUUAUAGAUACGACACCGACAACACGGUGGAGUUGCGUCGGUCGCGGCGCGGCGUGCACGCGCACGUGCAGGUGGCGGCGGCGUGCGGCGCGGCGGCGGGCGCCGGCGAGUUCCUGCUGAUGGCGCGCCGCCGCCUCGGCCGCCUGGCGCUGGCCUGCGCGCCGCGCCUGGCGCAGUGGCGCGCGCUCGUGCGCCGCCGCCGCGCCGACGGCUCCGCGCACUGCGCGCUGCAGUAC